AUGGAAGAACCAGAGAACUCUCAGAACAUGCUAAAGAGAGUGGAGGAUCUGCUUGGGAAGGAAGGAGAGCUUCACAGGGUGGAGGAAGUCGAUGAAAUUUUUAAGUUUAUCCAGGUGGGUGGCUACCGUCUGCUGUAUUCAUGGCUUACUCACUUUAAAACCAUCAACAAUAUUCCACUGCUACAGCUCAUCCUGCUGACCUUACAGAAACUGCCUCUUACUAUGUAUCACCUCAAACAGAAUAACACGGCCAAGUUAGUGAAGUACCUGAGUAAGGCUGGUGAGACAGAGGACAAAAAUAGAAAAAAAGAGGAGGAUAUGGUGUGUCAGGAAGUGAAGACUAAUGAAAGAGAGAAAAUGAUAGAUGAAGAGAACAUCAGAGAAGGACCUGAAGCCCAGAUUUCCAACGCAGAUUUUGAGGUGGAGACCUCAAUCUCAGCUCCUGGGAAGAAGUGCUCCUGUCCCUUAGAGACUUGGAGUGAGUUCAGCGGUGUGCCAGCUGUGCUGAGGAACACUGGUAUUACUUCAUCAGAUGCCCCAGAAUUAGAGAUCAUACACAAGCCCAUAGACAUAAGAACCAGUCCCGAUGCAGAGUGUCAGGAUCUGACUCAUAUGCAAUCCGUGGAGUACAGGGACUUUCUGAGUGUCCAUAACUCGCCUCCACUGCUUGAGAUCUCGAGCAAAAAGAAGAAUUCCAGGACUGCCUCUCCUACAUACAUCAGUAACGGGAAGAGGAGGAAACAUGUCAGCUGGGCAGAGGAAGAGCAGCUUGCAGAGUUACUGGUUUUUGACCUGGAUAAGACUGAGAGAGUGAAUGUGUACAAGGUGAAGACGGACCAGCAGAGUCCGGUUGCCGACAGUAACCUGCCUUGUUGCUCUGUGAUGGAGAGUGGUCUCUCGACAGCAGCCAGCCUGGUCGUUCCUGAAGGAGAAAAAACUGAGACGUUCUAUCAGAGAGACGAAAAAAUGCACAUCCCUUCCGAAGAGAUCUGCCCCACCAAAGAGAGUGCAGCAGCCACCCACCCUCAUGACUUUGCUGAGUCCAGUCCACUUCAAGACAUGUCUGUUGAUUCAGACUGCACCACGAUGGAGAAGAGUUUCUUGGUGACUGCUGACUCCCCUGACCUUCCUCACCCCAUCUCCACCUGUUCUGAGACCUUCAAGCUGCCCCCUGUCCUGCUCAACCUCCUAGCCAGCAUCUCCAACCCCAAGACAGAGGACAAGCUUCCAGAGGAUAACCUCACUGACAACAAGCAGAUGCUGCCCAGCCCUAUCCAGGACCACAUGAAACAGCCUGAUUUCUUUGUUGCUUUCAAUCAGUUUGUGGACACCCUGCAGCAGAAGCACAACCCUUCAGCCGAUAACCCUUCGCCGGGAGGUAUUGAUUUGCAUGCUCCCAGCUCUGGCGUGAAUAUGAACAGUGUGGUCAUGCAGACACACAUGAAUAUGGGUUAUUCUCCAAACAUGGCACCUAAAGUCCCUUACAACACUCACCCACCUCCUCCAUACGGCUACAGGCCUCCCACAAAUGCUGCUGGUGGUCCAAAGAUGGACAUUGCUUUUCCUGGACACACUGGCUUUCCUGGCCACAGCCCUGGUUUAAAUAUGAGCAACCAUAACAUGAGGAUCCCCAUGAAAGGUAGUUGCCCACCAAUCAGGCCUGCAGGAGGACUGCACUAUUACUGCCAACCCCCUCCCCCGUAUGGCCUCAGACCUCCAGUCCACACUUACGGGGCUCCUCAGAUGAUGGGGCCCUGUUUUGACCCCUUAGGCCAUGGAGCUGACAACAGCAGCUACUGCAGAGAUGACUCCAUGAGGCAAGGCCCACCCUGGGGCAUAGGCCAGGGAGGAAGAGUGGGAGCCCAGAGCUUCAGUGGUCGGGGAGGACAAAGAUGGCCAAGAAGUGGACACAUCGACUCUCACAAUGGAGGCAUGUCUUACAGGGCCAUGUGCCAGUUCUUCAGGAUGUCAGGAUCCUGCCCAUAUGGAAACAACUGUGCAUUCUACCAUCCUGACCGGAAUGGUCUUCCCCUGCCUCCCCAUUUUGGCCACUGA